AUGAGGGCCCGCAGACGCCCCUCUCUGGGGUCUGCGCUCUUCCCGCUGCUGCUCUUGCAGCAGGUGCGGGCCCAGUUUCCACGCGAGUGCGCCACCGUGGAGGCUUUGCGCAGUGCUGUGUGCUGCCCGGAUUUGUCUCCCUUGGCCGGGCCGGGGACUGACCGCUGUGGCUCUUCGUCGGGGCGGGGCAGGUGCGACGCAGUGACCGCAGACUCCAGACCCCACAGCCGCCAGUACCCACACGAUGGCAGAGACGACCGGGAGGAGUGGCCCCUGCGAUUCUUCAACAGGACGUGCCGCUGCAAUGGCAACUUCUCAGGGUACAACUGUGGGGCGUGCCGCCCUGGGUGGACAGGAGUGGCCUGCAACCAGCGCCUUCUCACAGUCAGAAGAAAUCUUCUGGACUUAAGCACAGAGGAGCAGAAGCACUUUGUCCAGGCCCUGGACAUGGCUAAGCGCACCCCGCACCCCCAGUAUGUCAUUGCCAUCAGGAGAUCAGAAGAAGUCCUGGGGCCAGAUGGCAACGCACCACAGUUUGAGAACAUUUCCAUCUACAACUACUUUGUCUGGACACACUACUACUCUGUCAAAAAGACUUUCCUUGGGCCAGGGCAGGAAAGCUUUGGGGAAGUGGAUUUCUCUCAUGAAGGACCAGCCUUUCUCACCUGGCAUCGGUAUCACCUCCUGCAGCUGGAGAAAGAUAUGCGGGACAUGCUGCAGGAGCCUGCCUUCUCCCUGCCCUACUGGAAUUUCGCAACCGGGAAAAACGUCUGCGAUGUCUGCACUGAUGACUUGAUGGGCUCCAGGAGCAGCUUCGAUCCGACUCUCAUAAGCCCCAACUCCGUCUUCUCUCAAUGGCGAGUGCUCUGUGAAUCCCUGGAAGACUACGACACUCUGGGAACACUCUGCAACAGCACUGAAGGUGGACCCAUCAGGAGAAACCCAGCCGGGAAUGUGGGCAGGCCCAUGGUCCAGCGGCUUCCCGCCCCGCAGGACGUUGCCCAGUGCUUGGAAGUGGGCGUGUUUGACACACCUCCUUUCUACUCCAAUUCUACAGACAGUUUCCGAAACACAGUAGAAGGUUACAGUGAUCCCACAGGAAAGUAUGACCCUGCUGUUCGGAGUCUUCACAACUUGGCCCAUCUGUUCCUGAAUGGAACUGGAGGGCAAACCCAUUUGUCUCCAAAUGAUCCUAUUUUCAUCCUCCUGCAUACUUUCACUGAUGCAGUCUUUGAUGAAUGGCUGAAGAGAUACAAUGCUGAUAUAUCCACAUUCCCAUUGGAAAAUGCUCCUAUUGGUCAUAAUAGACAAUUUAACAUGGUGCCAUUCUGGCCUCCGGUUGCCAACACAGAAAUGUUUGCUGUCGCUGCAGACACCCUCGGAUACACCUAUGAGGUGCAGUGGCCAAGCCGUAAUUUUAGCAUCUCUGAGAUUAUUACCAUAGCAGUAGUUGCUGCCUUGUUACUGGUUGGAAUCAUUUUUGUGGGUGUCUCUUGUCUGAUUCGCACCAAAAGAAACAUGGAUGAAGCCAGUCAACCUCUCCUUAUUGACCAGUAUCAACAUUAUGCUGAAGAAUAA